AGACUGCACACAGGAGAGAAGCCUUUUGAAUGUAGUGAGAGUGGGAAAGCCUUUUCCUACAAUCCACAUCUGCUACAACAUCAGAGAAUGCACACAAGGGAGAAGCCUUUUAAAUGUAGUGAGUGUGGGAAAGGCUUUGCCCUGAAGUCAUCCCUCAUGAAACAUCAGAGAAUGCACACAAGGGAGAAGCCUUUGGAAUGCAGUGAAAAUGGGAAAGCCCUUAUCCACAAAUCAGAGGCCAUCCCUCAUCAGAGAAUUCACACAGGGGAGAAGCUUUUUAGAUGUAGUGUCUGUGUAAAAACCUUCACCCGCAAAUCACAGCUCAUCAGACAUAGAAGAUUGCAUACAGGGAAAAAGCGUUUUGAAUGUAAUGAGUGUGGAAAAGCAUAUUUGUACAAGUCACUCCUCAUAGUACAUCAGAGAACACACACUGGUGAGAAGCCAUUUGAAUGUAGUGAGUGUGGCAAAGCCUUUUACUCUAGGUCUGACCACACAAGGCAUCAAAGAAUUCACACAGGGGAAAAACCUUUUGAAUGUAGUGAGUGUGGAAAAUCCUUUUCCCACAGGUCAUACCUCACAGAACAUCAGAGAACACACACAGGAGAAAGACCUUUUAAAUGUAGUGAUUGUGGAAAGGGCUUUUCCUACAAUUCAUAUCUGAUACAGCAUCAGAGAAUUCACACAGGAGAGAAACCUUUUGCGUGCAGUGAGUGUGGGAAAGCCUUUUCUCGCAAAUCACACGUGAUACAACAUCAGAGAAUUCACACAGGGGAAAAGCCUUUUGAAUGUAGUGAGUGUGGGAAACAAUUUUCCAGUAAAUCACACCUCAUCAGGCAUCAGAGAAUGCACACAGGAGAGAAGCCUUUUGAUUGUAAUGGAUGUGGGAAGGCCUUUCCUUGCAAAUCACAGGCAAUCGCUCAUCAGAGAAUUCACACAGGGGAGAAGCCUUUUAAAUGUACUAAAUGUGGGAAGGCCUUUACUCACAAAUCUUACCUCAGAAUGCAUGAGAUAACGCACCUGGGGAAAGCCUUUUGGAUGUUGUGAGUGUGGAAAAGCUCUUUCCCGCAAGUCAGACCUCAGAGGACGUGGAGAACACACACGGCAGAAAAUCCAUUGAAUAAUAAGUGUGGAAAAGUCUUUACAUGCAAGCCACAUGCAAUAUAUCAUGGGAGAAUUCACACAAGAGAAAAGCUUUUGAAUGUAAAGUUUGUGGGAAAGCCUGUUUCUGCAAGUGUGAAACUUAGAAACCAUCAGAACUCACAGAGGGGAAAUAUUUUCUGAAUGUAAAGAGUGGAAAAUUUUUUCCCGCAAUGAGACCCCCUAAGACGUUAGAGAAUUCACACGGGAUGAAGCCUUGUAUGUGUAGUAAGUGGAAAAUCCUUUUCUCAAAAACCACAUAUCAUAUCUCAUCAAAGAAUUCAGGAAUGGGAAAGCCUUAUGAAUGUGAUUAUAGGAAUGCCUUUUCCUGCCAGUCACACUUCAAUAUUCAUCAUAGAACUCAUGGGGCAGGUGGGGAAAUAUUUUGAAAUGAGUGGGGAAAUGCGUUUUCUCACAAGAUGUAUCUCAAGAAGAUAAAAAAUUCACAGUGGGACAAAAUCCAUCUGAAUAUAGUCAAUGAGUGUCAAACUUUUCUUUGAAAUCACACAUCAGAAAUUUCUCAUAAGGAAGGAAGCAUAAAAUGUGAGAAAGAGAAGCAAAUGCUGUAAAAAUUGAUGUCUCUAAGGAAGUCACAGUUCAUGAAGUAUCAGGACUCUUGCAAAGAUGAAACUUUUUUAUUUAAUAUGUUUGUAAUAGCAUUUUUUUCUGGCAGUCACACGUCUGAAAAAAACGGAACACUACACAGAAGGCUUUUGAAGGAAAUAUGCAUAAGAAUAUUUUCCUACCAUUGCAGCUCCAUGGAUGUAGAAUUUUGUUAAAGGAGAAUCUGAGUGUAAUUGACAUGUGAAAAAUAAUACAUUUUUUGCAACUAAAACCUGUCAUGUAGAAGUACACGAAAAAUAAAAGUUUUA